UGUUUAAAGGUGGUCUCUUCGAAUAAAAUAAUCCAGUUUUGGCAGCCUGUGUUGUCCCUGGUUAACCUGUGGGAAAGGCACGGGCUAAUGUGGGAGGACACUCCGCAAGUGCAUUAAGCCCAGUUUUUGCAGAGCACCGAUCAUAUAGAUGACUGGAUGUCUUAACUCUUUUCAGGCAAGUAAAUGCCAUCUCUCUUAGGGGAGGGGUUUCACCUGCAAGUGACUGUCACCCAAAUGAUGGGGUUGUGUAAGCAUGUCUUCCGAAACACGGUCAAGGGUCAGCAAGUCAUAGGAAGUGACAAAACCAAGGAGAAUCUUGACCAGUUGUUGCUGACAUUCUGCAUAGACUAUCAGAAGUUCUCGGGAUCUGUCACUCCUGCACUUGUGGAUUUGAUGUCUGGUCAGGUGACGAGAGCCAUGCAGUUAGUCCUGACGGACAGUCUGCUGAACUACCUAAUGAACGUGGUCCACAAGCACCUGUUUGCUACCAUCACCAACUGCAUGAAGAGAUACGACUCAAAUCUGAACAAGAAGAACCGUAACUUGGUGGACACCCGUUUAGAGAAUCUGCAUGUGCGCGCAGAGUAUGAGGAGAAUUUGCCGGGCUCGCGGAAAGAGCUGUCCAAGCUGAACGACUUCAGUACGCCUCUCGAGCGUCUACAGUGCCUCAAACAUGUCGUGACGCUUCGUACGAGGCCUGUGGAAGCUGCAAAAAGUGACGACACUCUUCAUUUGGCCGCACUAUAUGUCCAGACAGGACUAAUAGAUAUUUUAUUCAAGAACGGUUGCCUUGCCGAUGCUUCCGAUGUCCUGGGUCGCACUCCACUGCAUAUGGCGGCAUUGAAGGGACAUCAAAACAUCAUUAGUAAGGAGUACAAUGGAUUCCUGUAUGAUGAAAUGCAGGGCGUUGCCCUAGUAAGCUCUACCCUCCUGGCUAUGGACAAGAAACAGAAACCCUUCACUAGACGACCCUGCAUUGCUACGUUCAAGAUCAGCGGUUUUGACUGCGCAAAGUGUACAUCUGAAGGCAACCGGUCUGGAGAAUGAGGACAUCGGUCGACUGCAGGCAGUGAUUGACAAUAUCCCCAACCUUAUAGAGGCCAUUAGGACCGCUCUGCAAGCUCCGGAAGGAAAGAAUGGCAGUUUAAAGGAUUUAAAGACUAGUUCCAACACAAGUUAUGUGAGCGGGCCGGGAAACACACUGUCGAUCCUCGGAUUUUGAUGAUCUUCGAAAUCUAGGCUAUCAUAAUUGUAUUGCCGACGGUGUCUUCACAAACAUAAGCGACGCCAACAAAAAAGGCAGCAAGACAUACGAUAACAUCUGGAUAUCCAAACAGACAAAACAAGUGUUCACUGGUCAAUGUGACGUCGUGAGAGAGGGCCUGUCCAGUCCCUGGAUCCCCAAGGGCUGGACGUGGGGCGGAGUCGUGAGUGACCACUGUCCAGUGUGGGCCCAGUUCUACACGGGCCAUGACCUUGACACUGGAGACCUGAAGAUCGGACCAGAGGUCAUUAAAUUUGCACUGACUGACUGAUGUUUUGUAAAAGAUUAGAAUAUUACACAUGCUACUAUGGUUACGUGACAGACAUCACUAAUAUCAAAUUGGUGAUGCAAUUCUUCAAACAGUAAAUAGUGAAAAUAUUCCACACUUUUCAUUAUGUUAUUGCUGUGAAAAUCGCCAUUUAAACUACUUGACCAAGAGAAUAUUUCUGAUAUUAAAACACAAAAAGGUUCAAUCGCUGGUUAAUUUUGUCUUAUUAGUUUAUUAUUGGCUUCCAUUUUUUCCAUUUUCUCUUGGUCAAAUGUUAACAAUUUAUUUAGCAAAUUUGUUCAACAUGUAAUGGUACGUGAAGUUUUGAGAUGUUGAUGUUAUUUUAUGGUUUGAUGUACUGCUGAUUUCACAUUAGGUGUACCAUUCUUGGAAAUGUGGAAAAUAGUGAAUGCCACUUUUGUUUUUAAGUAGAUUGUGUGUUCCUUGUAAUAGUAAAACACUCAAUUCACAACAUAUGGACCAAUAAACCAUAUUUUAUUACUUACACGUGAAUUUCUACUGGUAAUUAUAAUUCUUAAAAGUUUUGCUUUAAUGUCAUAAAUAUUUUGUAUAAUUCUUAUUUCAAUAUAGCUUACAAUACCAUUUAGAUUGUGUUGAUAUGUUUGAAUAUACAAAACAAAUUAUAUUUUUUAUAUUAUCAAAAUUUGAUAACGUUUUGUUGUUUUAACUUUGAUAUAGCAAUUCUGCUGAAUUUCACCAGUUUGUAUUAUUACUUGCUUCAUUUUAAUAAUUUAAUAAUCAACAUAUUUUAAGAUAGCAUUUUUCGAUAGUGAACAGGAAAGUUUCAAUUUUAUGCAGUGCAGUGUAGAGCGGAAAAUACAAUUUUUUUUAAUGAAGCACCCCUUAAAUGCAUAAUUGUCAUCAUUUAUUUGAUCCUGUGUAUUUAAUAUUUAUAAAUGAUAUUAUGUCUUAUUGAAAUCUGUAAUAAUAUAUAUAUAGUUCCCUGUAUGAAUUUGUUAUAGAUUAAAAUGAAAUAUUUUGUUACAUUUGGGAAUAUUUCAUAGACCACCAUGUUUUUGUCUGUUUAAAUUUAUUGUAUACAUUGUUGUAUUUUGAACAAUAUUAACAUUAGUAUUAAAUGAGCGUCUAGCAAUAUCCAAAAGUAUGUAUCGGGAUCAACUUAUUUUAUUUGGGUUCAUUUACAUUCAA